GACAUCUCACACCCGUGCACACAAGCCCCGCGAGUACAAAUCGCACAUGGCGGCAUCAGAAACUCUGACUCGAUGAACUCUGGCUUUGCGAUCGAACAUCUUAUCGUGAUGCCGGGUACCUUAAAGCUUACUCUGUCGCCCUGCUGGCCCCUGUACGGUCCUGCAAGCGGUGAACAGGGCGGCAUAAGACAAUCACUGGGACAGGAGGCAUAUGCUACCAUUGAGACCGGGACGUCUGAUUUCUCCGCUCUGCUGCAAGAUACAUGUAGCUCCAUCCCCGCCAUGUCAGUGGCAUGUGUUCAUUUGAUAGGACGAAGCUCAAAUCCAGUUUUGUGUGUUUCCGCAGCGAAGAUCCAGUCGCGGAACCAUCUUACCCAGCACCAUUAAAUUGGAUUUGAUUCCCUCAGCCCCUAUCGUCCUUCUUUUUGUCUCUAAUAUUUUGUGCUCCUUGAUUCUCCUGUUGCCAGCCACGCCAACAUCCUGCCUGGUCGACUUUGCAGCAAUCAUGCGCAUCGUUGGCAGCAUCUUCUCACUCCUAGGCCUACAAGGCCCCAGCACCUUGUACAUUAAAAUUGCCGCUGCUGGCAUUUUAGUGGUGGGGUUCAUUUUUUUCAUAUUCUUGCUUAAUAUUCGCAAUCCAAAGACAAACUGUAAUGGCUUUCUAUUCUCAUAUGCCAUUUUUUUUUACGCCAACUUCCUCAAACCAUUUAACUUUGCAGAAGGGAGGAGUCAGAAACAUGCGCUGGAAAGUUUCUACGGAACGCAGGCCAAUAUCUAUGAUUCUACCCGCAAACGUCUUCUCAAAGGUAGAGAAGAUAUGCUCGGGUUGCUGGCUGGCCAGUUGGAGUUCCAAGCUAGCCAGAAAAACGACCCUCAAAAAAAGCUGAUUUGGGUGGAUAUCGGUGGUGGAACCGGCCAUGUAUAUCUGGUUGACCUCUCGCCAUCGUUGUGUGAAGUUGCGCGACAAAGAUUUGCCCGGCUUGGAUGGAAAAACGUAUCCGUAGUCUGCCAGGAUGCACGGGAGUUUCGCCUCCCUACUGCGCCCAGUGGACAUGGAACUAGCUCAGACGAUAUGAAGGCGAAUUUGAUAACCAUGAGCUACAGCCUGUCUAUGAUUCCUGUACAAAGCAUUGUUGAUUUAUCAGCCAGAAAUUAUACAGGUGGUUCAUUUAAUCGCCAUGUCAAUUGGCUUGGAAGGGUAUUCUGGCGCGCCUGGUUUGAUGUUGACCGGGUUGGACUCGAGCCGGCGCGAAGAGACUACCUUGAAUACCGAUUUGGAACGGUCAUAUCUUCUAGCGAAAGAAACUAUCUCCUCGGUGGUAUUCCAUACUACAUAUUCAUUGGAUGCCACAAACAAAGUACGGAAAACCCCGAGGCAUUGGCGAAGCUCGAUGCUGCUUACACGGAAUCACCUUACCUCUCGCCCACACGUCACCGCAAAGAGUUGUCCAAAGCAGUUGAGCAAAGCGUUCCCGGGAUAAGAUCCAAAGCAUACGAAGCAGCCAUUGUCAAUCUAAGCUCCAACUUGCCGCUACCUUCGUCGUUCUACCAGCAUCACCAUUGGAGGAUCUGGUAUGAUGAGCUUCAUCCCAAACAUACCCAGUUCAAUAAUGAAUAUAUCUACGCUUUCACGUGGGAGGACCCCCGGGUUGACCAUCGAUUACUGAGAAUUAGUAGUGACGACGUGAUUUUGGCCAUCUCAAGUGCUGGCGACAAUAUACUUGACUACUUACAAUACAGCCCGCGAAAAAUCCACGCCGUGGACCUCAACCCGAGCCAGAACCAUCUACUUGAGCUUAAAGUAGCAAGUUUCACGGCUUUGAGCUAUCUUGAUGUCUGGAAGAUAUUUGGGGAGGGCAAACACCCUCACUUUAGAGAACUCCUGCUUUUUAAGCUUAGUCCUCAUCUCUCCAGCCAAGCUUUUCAAUUCUGGUUAGACCACUGCAACGUUUUUACCUCUACCUCUGGAAAAGGUCUAUAUGAGACUGGUGGCUCACGUUAUGCUCUCAAAAUGGUUCGCUACCUUUUCAACAUCUUCGGAUUGAACUCUGAGGUUAAAAGGCUCUGUGAGUCACAAACCUUGGACGAACAGCGUGAAUUAUGGCCACGGAUUCGAAACAUAUUGCUGAGUAAACCACUGCAUUGGGCCGUCGUUGGGACAGAGUGGUUUGCAUGGAAAGCGGCGGGGGUCCCACCACCCCAGAGGAAUAUGAUAAUAUCUGAUUACAUGGCGAGAAAUGGCCUAUCUGGUGGGGUAAAACAAUCAUCAGAUGUCAGCGGUCAGGCUAUAUGGGAAUAUGUCGUUGACACGCUGGAUCCCGUUGUCAACCACACAUUAAUCAGCGACGAUAACUACUUUUAUUUCCUAUGCCUACAGGGCAAAUAUUCAAGGCGUUGUCACCCAAGCUAUUUAACACCCAAAUCACACUUGAAGUUGUCCACUCCGGGAGCUUUUGAUGGCUUGCGUAUUCAUACAGAUGAGAUUAACGAAGUUAUCGCGAGAAUAACUCCUGGAACGCUUACUAUUGCUGUGAUAAUGGACUCGAUGGAUUGGUUUGAUCCGGAAGGUACCGCAGCAGCUUCACAGGCAAGAGCAUUCAGUCAAGUCCUUAAAAUGGACGGUCGUAUCCUACUACGGUCCGCGUCGAUUGAACCCUGGUAUAUUAAAAUUUUUGAAGCCAAUGGAUUUUCAGCCCGGCGUGUAGGAGCUAGGUUUCCCGGAUCAUGCAUUGAUCGUGUGAAUAUGUAUGCAUCGACGUGGAUUGUAACGAAGACUGUGGAGUUGUUUCUAAAUUCUACAGAAUCAGUACGCCCGCUGAAACAGAGAACUAUUAGUGUCUCAUCAAGCAGUGUGGAUGAUCUCGAAAUCUGAAUUUGCAUGGGCAGUAUUCCUCAUACUUCUGAGAAACGUUUUGCGGGGGAGUCUGGAAUCAUGGUUCUGUUUUUACUAUGAGCUCGACUUUGCUGUGCACGGAUUAUGCGUCAACGCUUCAAUAAUCAACUCUCCCCCAAAAUUCCAGCAAAGCUUUGUCUGUUAUUUACGGCAGUCUGUGUACACGUAUGCAUGUCAUGAGCAAAAUACGUCAACUGGUGUCUUGCAGACUGCACUCCUCGGGGAACUUAGGUAUAAUGCUCCAUAACCAGCUACAUAUAGUACCUACGUCUAGAUGUCCUU